AUGAGUGUCGAUCGCCAGACCCCUUCGGCUAAGGUCAAAGGGGAAACGCCGAAUCCAAUUGCGAAGCUGCCUGAAGAGUUGACACGCAUAAUUCGCAUACGACAUUUUGUGUCUCAACCAUUCACGUCAUCCUUCAUUGCUGGAGGCAUGGCUGGGGCAGUCUCGCGAACGCUUGUUUCUCCUCUCGAGAGGCUAAAGAUACUCUUACAAGUCCAAAGCGUUGGACGGACAGAGUACAAGCUCUCGAUAUCACAAGGUCUGCAGAAAAUGUGGAGAGAAGAAGGCUUCAAAGGGUUCAUGAGAGGAAACGGCUCGAAUUGCAUACGGAUUGUACCAUAUUCUGCUGUGCAGUUCUCGAGCUACGGGUUUUACAAGAGGCAUCUUGAAGCCUCACCAGGCGCAGGCCUACCACCACUCGAAGGACUUUUCUGCGGGGCAUGCGCUGGUAUCACGGCCGUCUGCUUCACCUACCCACUCGACAUCGUCCGCACGCGAUUGUCAAUCCAAUCAGCCUCCUUCUCUUCUCUCAGUGAACUUCAGAAGCAGCAACUACCAGGGAUGGGUCGCACGCUGGUCAACAUGUACAAAACAGAGGGUGGCUUACGAGCUCUUUAUCGAGGCAUCAUACCAACCGUGGCAGGUGUAGCGCCUUACGUUGGGUUGAACUUCAUGACCUAUGAGCUUGUGCGGAAAUACUUCACGCCCGAAGGCGACAAAGAUCCGAGUGCAUGGAGAAAGCUAUGCGCUGGUGCUAUCUCGGGAGGCUUUGCGCAAACCUGCACAUAUCCAUUCGAUGUUUUAAGAAGAAGAUUCCAGAUCAACACAAUGAGUGGAAUGGGAUACAAGUACAACUCAAUGUGGGAAGCAGUGGCGACCAUAGUCAAGCAUGAAGGUGUACGUGGGAUGUACAAGGGCAUCCUGCCGAAUCUCCUCAAGGUUGCCCCCAGUAUGGCCAGCAAUUGGCUCACUUUCGAGUUGACAAGAGAUAUGCUACGGAGCCUGGAUGACGAGGGCGAGAAACAGAAGGUCGCAUAA